AUGUUCCAUGGAUUGCCAAGUGAAGACCCCAUUGACCACCUUGAUGAGUUUGAUAGGCUUUGUGAUUUGACAAAGAUCAAUGGUGUCUCUGAAGAUGCCAUCAAGCUGAGACUCUUUCCUAUGUCUCUAGCUGACAAAGCUCACCAAUGGGAGAAGAGCUUGCCCCAUGGCACAAUCACCACUUGGGAUGAAUGCAAGAAGGCCUUUCUUGCUAAGUUUUUCUCCACCGGUCGCACAGCCAAGCUUAGAGGAGAGAUAUCCAGCUUCAUCCAGCGAAACAAUGAGACAUUCGCAGAGGCUUGGGAGAGGUUCAAAGGCUACACAAGUCAGUGCCCACACCAUGGAUUCAACAAUGAAUCACUACUCUCCACUCUUUAUAGAGGAUGCUUGCCUAGGUAUAGGGAGAUGCUAGACACAGCUAGCAAUGGGAACUUCCUCAACCAGGAUGUAGAUGAUGGCUGGCAACUUGUGGAGAACAUAGCUAACUCAAAUGGAAGCUAUGGAGAAGAGUAUGAUCGCACCAACCGGAGCUCGACCCACCACUCGAUCGAGUCAGACGAAAAGUUGAGAAAAGAUGUUAAGGCAUUGAAUGAGAAGUUGGAUAAGCUGAUCCUAGCUCAGUCCACAAUGAAGAAAGUCAACUUUGUGUCUGCUGAGGAGAUGGAACCAGUCCAAGAAGGGGAGGAUACACAAUUUGCUGAGGUGUGCUACAUGAGCAAUGGGCAAGGAGGUUACAACAAAGGAUACUAUAACUACAAGUCCAACCCUGCCAUGUCAUACCGCAACACUGAUGUUGCUAACCCUCAGGACCAAGUCUAUCCUCAACAACAAGCAGCUCGAUCGAGUCAGGUGCCACAACAUGGGUAUGGUCAAAAGAACAAUUACCAAGGACCACAAGGCACUUUCCCUGGACAACAAAUGAAUAUCCCACCAGGCUUCCCCCACCAACCGCCCCAGCCUGCACCUUCACAAGAGAAUGAGCUCAAAGCAAUGCUAAAGCAACUACUUCAAGGGCAAGCUGAUGGGGUAGUGGACACAAGCAAGAAGCUAGCUGAAAUAAACUCUAAGAUCGAGAACCUCAACACAAGGGUUUACUCUCUGGAGAAUCAUGCUUCUUCUGUUGCUGCUGCUACAAAGCAAGGACAACUACCUGGUAAAGCUAUUCAGAACCCCAAGGAACAGUGCAAGGUCAUCUUCACUCAAGAAGGACUUGUUGAAGAAGAGGAUCAAGAAAGGGUCAUUGAAGAUUUUUGUUUACUGCUGAAUGAUGAAGAGAUUGUUGCUGCUGAGGCUCCUGGAGUCCAGAUUGAUCAACCAGAAGUGCAUGCACCUACUGUGGCCAUUCACACUUCACCAGUUGAGCUCGCACGACAAGCUCGAUCGGCAGCUCGAUCGAGUCCAACUCUAGCUCGAUCGAGUCCGACCUCUUCUGUCCGACAGCCUGUUUUGCUUGAUCCUUAUCAACCGGUUGCCGCUUCCUCGUCUCGCCUACUUAGUCAAGGUCACAAGGAAGUGAUUCACAAGUUCAGAAGAGAUCUCAGUGGGAUUGGAAUUGAGUUGCCUCUAUGGAUAGCAUGA